GAUCUGGUACUCUGUCUUUUAAACUAGGUUAAUAACUACAUAAAUAUGUAUGUAUACACAUAAUAUAAGACACAAUUAAAUAGAGACAUCUAUUUUUUUACUUGCGUUUAGUCUAAACUAUGUGACUGUAAGUAGGUAAUAAGAAUCUCUACAAUUUCCAUCUUAAAUAAAUACCGCUAACGUAAUUUAUAUUUUUUCUACGUAAUAUCCAAAACUUUAAAAUUCGAAAUGAUAUAAGUUAGGUAUGAACUUUUAAAGAAAUAGCUAUUUUUCUUUUGGGGCCCAAUUCUGGUGACAUUGUAAAGAGUAGGGAUAGCUACUUCUAUCACACGACAUAAUAUCACUCUUUGCCUCACACUCACACAUAACUCAUAAUGUGUAAUUUAUAUUUCAGAAAUGUAGUGAAAUGUAUAAAUAAUUCGGGAGAAAAAAGUCACAUACUAAGAGCUUCCAACGCAGGUAUAACAUUGCUUGUACGGUCACAGGUGUAAAUAGUCUUUUUUCUAUAAACCAAUGUGCCCCUUAGGUCAAAGGUAUAAAGUUCGAAAUCCCAAGUUAUUUUAAGUCCACAGGGAAGAGAUUGCCAGAUCUGUCUCUGGUUGAUGAUUUUAUAUUUUUCAUGAAUAAUAGAAUUCAAGAGUCGUUUUCUUUUUUUCAAGCGUGUUUUUCUAAGAGCCUUUGUAAAUCUUUGCUUAGGAUUGUUAAAUAGGCUGAAUAUCCGGCUGUCAAACAGUAGUUAGGUACUUAAUAAAUCAUUAAUUUGUUGGAUUAAGAAGACCGGAUUUUUCAUUUGUUUAAAUCUAAUCGUGAACUUCUGUGAUCAUGUAAAUUGUUAGGCAUUUCUAACAAUAUUCUGUCCUCGACCUUCCUCAUUCAGCCACUACCAGUGGCGUGUAUAAAGUCGUUGGUCCGGCAGACUGGUGGGUGUCCCACGCUACGCGGCAAAUAUGAAAAAAAUGAUCCUGAGUUAUUGAAGCAAGCAUCUGACCUUUUAUAUGGCUCUGACGACAGUAAAAAACACAAAUACCUACACCGAGGAAUACAUAUUGACGUCGGUUUUGACUAACGAUAUUUGCGUGCACCUAAUAUCGUUAACGAUGUUACUAUUUCUAGCAUUUUUUUUGUAAAAUAAAACGGUGCAAAAUUAGAAAGCUGCGUCCAGAAAUGACCUAACCUAAAGUGGUGCAAGGAACAAGGUCGUGUAAUUUCAUUAUUACCGUAGCAGUAUAGCGAGAGAAUUUGACUUCCACCGGAAGUUACGUCAUAUAAUAUUUAUGUCCUGCCCGUGGGAGGCCUCCCGCGAAACAAUUUUAGCUGGCCCUUUAUUUUAUCGAUUGUUACUUUAGCUUUUUUCCGGCUUAAGUGCCGCUGUUUCGGUAUUAAUGUUUCAUUAGUGGCCGUUGCUGGUGUGAUUUCAAAUCUGUUUUGAUGACUUUAAAUACAUACAUAAGUACUUACUCAAUUGUAGAUAAAAAAUUAUCUCAUUUAAACAAGUACAAGGAAUUAUAAAUGAAAUGACAAAACAAACAAAGUAACAAUUAAAAAGAGAAAAUGCUGAGCACAAUAGAGAAAAAUAAAUAAACAAAAACGCAACAAAAAGUAUAAUUGCUCAGCAUUUUAAUGAAAUUUUCUUAUAAAUAGGUAAAGUUUAAGAGAACGUUAUAUUUGCUAAGAGUCAGAAUUCAGAACAAAAGUUUAAUAGCGUAUUAGGCAUUCAAUUUAUUUUAUGUUCUUCUUUUAACCUUAGAAUGUUCGCGGAGAGUUGGGUCUUAGGAAUACUGAAUUAUGAGAGAAUACAUUUUGAAUAUAUUUUCUUAAUAAGAAAUGAAAGAAUAAUCACAUACAUUACAUCAAGUUGUCAUUACAGUAUUUACAGUAAAAAAGGAUCAGGAUUGAAUAAAUCGAAUAGCCCAAAUUGCAUGUCUUUGUACGUUUUAUUAGGCACCUACAAUUAUCACAUUUUUUUUAUUAUUGCGAUGACGGUGUUAUUAAAUGUAAUUUUAUCAAAAUAUUAAAAUUGACGGAACUCAAUUUUACCCCACCCCGUUUGCUUAUCAUCGUUGUUAUAGUUGUGUGAAUUAAGGAUAAUAAAGUUUAUAGUACUUGGGUUGUCACACUAGAAUAUAAAUUUUUGAACUGAAUUCUCUUCUCUUUUUCUCGAUAUUCUUUGGUAUGUUUCGUGAGUGUAUGUUUCACCUGUGAUAUAUAGUGAUUUGGAAGUUAUUUUGAUAGUGAUGAAAGAUAAUAUUAAGAGUAUAUGCCACAUAGGUAAUACGGUUUUGAUUUUAUGUUUGGUGAUGCGGUGAAAAAGACGAAUGAGUUUCAUUUAUAUUUUUUCAAUGCUUAGCUUCAGUUACGUUUAUUUUAGUAUUAUUAAAUCAGCAAAGUGUGAUUUUCAGGUUUUACAAAUAAAAAAAAGACACAACAUCAGAUUUAACAACAAAAAAAACGUCCAUCUCAACAAAAAAAGUGCAUAUCAAUUAUCUCCGCGUAAGUGUUCUAAAUUCAAACCUAAAAAAAGAAAAAAGCGUUCGAAAUUUCUCGCAAAAAGGUGUAAUGUGAUAAUAGUGUCGAUGUACAACAAGGACAGCGGCGAUGUCGAAACGGAAAGGACGAUGGGAGGGAAAGAGACGGAAACGGUUCGAGGCGUUUCGUCUGCAGCCGUGAUGCAUGCGUGGGGGCUGAUUCUGUUGUCGCUGGUGGCGUGUGUGGGGGCCAGUGAGUUCCCGGAGAGAGAAUGCUGCGACCCGGUGUAUCCCCCCAACACGGCGACCACGCCGGCCGCCCCGGUCACGCAUCCUGUCAGCACGAAGGUCGUCGGGCCAGGACUCAUUGCAGGUCCCGGCAUAAAGGGCACGAUGGCGAUCCUGAACUGCCUGCUGGCGCGCCAGCUGUGCUUCGAGGACGCCUCCUGCGCCGCCAUCUUGGAAAUCAUACCGCGCGUCUGCGGCUCCGAACUCGGUAAGCCGCACUUGGCGUGUUCCACCGUCACCGUGACGAAGUGCCAGGCCGCCCUGCGCACCCUGCAAGCGUUCCCGUUCUUCAAGCCGACAUGUCUCUGUCGGGAACCGAACGUCGACCCCGAGUGCAACUCGUUCCGAGACUUCCUGUUCGACCAUCCCUGCGUGUUUGUCAUGAAGAAGGAGAAAGACCCGUACCCUGUGGAGACCCUGCCGACGUGCACCUACGCUCUGAGUGUGUGCCACAACGAGAAAGCAUGCUCUGUCCUCUUCGAACGCUUCAAGAACGCGUGCAAGGCGCGAGAGGGAGAGUGCCGCAUGGAAGACAGGGAGGCGUGUCGCGAGGCGUGGGCCGGGCUGCGUCUGUCGCCUCUCUUCGGCUGCAUCUGCCCCAACACGCACAUGAAGAAGCGCUGCGAUCGGAUCUUUGCCGUCGUCAACCACAACCCGUGCGUCGUAAAGCUGAUGUCGGACGGACGGAUCGCGAUCCGGAACUCCACCGGGGCCUCGUGGAUCGGCGGCAUGUCCAUAACCCAAGACGGGAAUCUGAUCGCGCCGGACAAAAUAGUAAGCCACGUCCAUCGCUACUCGAGUCCCCAUUACAACCCUCACGGACACCACUACCACCGGUGGAGCCAUGAGCCCGGGGGAAGCGCCGACCCGCUCUACGCCACCAAGACCGUCUACGGAGCCGGAUACAUUGAUGACAACCAGCGCAUUGGCAAGGAAAACGGUAAAUCAGGUGACGACAAGGUGGCGCUGCAGUCGACGUGCCACGUGGCCCUGGACUCUUGCAUCAAGGACUCCGAGUGUGUGACGUCACUGACCCCCGUGCUGCAGAAGUGUCACGCCACUGACUGCGACCGGGAGGGCUGUAUGACGGCGCUCCGAGGGUUCUACAGGAAACCUGGCGUCCACUGGAAUACCGAGAUCGCUUUCUGCCUUUGCAAGAAAACCGACAACAAAGAGGACUCCUGCAUGAACGCGCAAGAACGCCUGCACCCGUCGUGUGCGCAGCGCCCCGCGCCCGGCGCCCCCCUCCCCGCGUGCCACACGCUCGCGCAUGCGUGCCGAGAGGAGCCCGAGUGCAGGAUCCGCCUGGAGAACUACGAGCAAUGGUGCGCAGUGGACGCAGUCACGCAGGGCUGUGCUGGCUCCCCGGCCGCGUGCCGCGCCGCCGUGGUGGCCGUGCUGGGCACCCAGCUGAGGGCGGCCUGUGCGUGCAGAGGCACCGACUUCGCGCAGCUGUAUGAUUGUCUGGGCUGGCAGCGGCUGCUGUGGCUUAAUCCUUGUGUUGUGGAAUCCCAAAGCGACUACCACGUGAAGACCUACGGCUCGAUCCUGACUACCCCCGCUGUGGACAACGGCAUCCGCUACAUCACCAUCGCGCCGCCGCCUGCCAUCUUCCACCGGACCACCACGCACCACCACCGCCACACCACCCACGGCACCGCGCAGGUCGCCAUCCCCGAGAUAGAACAACUCAGCCCCAUAACCACCAUGUCGGAACAAACCGUCGGGCCUAACGAAAUCGCUCAAAUCUCUGAACCCGUCGAGACUACGAUUGUGACUACAGUGGCGACGACGCUGCUGCCGACCACGACGACGACGACGACCACGACAACGCAACGGCCGACGACAACGACGACGACCACGCAGCGACCGACGACAACGCUGGAGCCGGCGAAGUACUGCAUCGUUAAAAAGCCAGAGAGCGAUGAUGAAGCGCAGUAUAUCAAGAUGGGGGAGACUAGGAGGUUGUACCGCUCAGCGGAGCUAGCCGAGUGCACGGACCUGUGCGUCUGCGAGGUAUCCCUGCAGGUGUCGUGCAAGGUGGCGUGCGUGCCCCGCGCGCCUUGCUCGUCGCGCCUGGCCCACUACUCGCAUGCCGCGCCGGCGUAUCAGGCGUACCGGGGCCGGUGUUACUGCUACUCCGGGUCGUUUAUCUGCAUGAGGCCUAAUCCAGGCGAGUACAAGCUGCCGGAAGGCGUGUACCUGCUGCUGGGGUUCAGCUCGGUGGACGAGGCGCUGCUGCGGCCGCACACGGGGCUCGGCGCCGAGGACGCGGUGCGCCUGCUGCAGCAGUACAUGUACGGCCUGCAUGACCAGGGGACGAACUGCACCCUGACGCUGUACAACAUGAGCAAUGAGAACGUGAUCAUCUCCGCAAGCGUGACGCCGCGCGAGCAGGAGGCCUUGCGGGAAGCCGGGGAGCCAUUGCUGGACCGGGAGAAGGAGGAGUGCAUUGACAUCCUGAAGGUAGUCAAGUCCCGCAUCAACUCCCAACAUGAAGACAUCUCCUCGCAUUUGCUGCUCUCCAUCUUCAAGAUCGCAGAAGUGGACGUGGUCUAUCCCACCCCACUCAGCCUGGCCGGUAACAACGCUCCAAGCAGAAACAUGAUACUCUUCAUCGUAUCUACCAAUCUACUCUUAAACUAUAAACAAAUAAUUUCGUUCGUCGUUUUUCUUCUACUAACACUUUCGAGCACUAUUGUCAAUUUUAUAACGAAUUUACUCAACAAAAAUAAUAGCAAGCUUAAAAAUUCUAAUUUUACUGACGUUUCUUUGACUACUGUCCCUGUUUUCAAAGAGAGCUAUUUUGUAAAUGAUGAUAAUAUGAGAGGUUUUAUAACUAUUUUGAAGAUAUAUAGAGAAUUUAUUGAAGAAAAUUAUAGAUUUAAUGUUGUAGACGUUGUAAAUUAUAGUGAAACUUUGCACCGAGCACUCGCUUUAGAUAUCGAAUCACAACACAGACAUAUCACUAACACUAUCGUAGGGAAAGAAGAUUUAGAUGUAUUUAACUGUAAGGAAAUCAAACAUAUCAUAAAAGCUGUGAGUAUUACAAUAUUUGAUAAUUUUAAUGAACUUGUUGCUGAUGUAUUUAUACCUAAAUAUUUUUCUAGAGAUGUGUAUUACGAAAUUGGAGCUAUCGAUUCAGAGAUGCUUUCUAGUGUGUUUUGUGUUAAUGAUGCGUCCUCUUCUUAUGGGAUUAUAAAAUCCGUUAGCUUAGGACUGACUCUAGCUGUAGUAUGAAGACUGAGAUGAUUAACUAAACAUAUCAUAGUUAAAUGUAUUUCGUUUGUUUCAACUUAGGAUUGGUGCUUGUAGGUCGAUCUUUAAGGCUGUUGUGUGUAAUGACGAGCGCCACUUACUCUAGUUUCCUUUAGUUCUUCGACAAUGGUCAAUGUGUUUUAAAUUGGUAGUGUUAGCAAACGUUUUGUAUUAAUAUUUAACUAAUGCGCCUUUAUGUUAGAUGACUGUGAAAGUAGGUCUUUUAAAUGUUGUCUUAUCGGGGGGUUGCAAAAAGUGUACUUAGAUGAUUUUAUUGGCAUUACAAUAAUUCAGAUUUAAAAAUACAACUAGACACGAAAUCAUAUUGCUUUCGUUAUUAUUAUAAAACAGCGAGGAAAGCAUUUUUUGCAAAUUUCCAGAAGUAGAUUUCCUAACAAAAUUACGAAUCUAAGUAUGUUUUACAGUAUCAUUUUUGCAAUACCCUGUUUUAAGAUCAUAGAAGUAGGAAAUCUAUGUCAAUGCACUAGUACUUAUGGCAAUAUUUAAAAUCACAGCUCAGCUGGACUAAAAUUAACAAUGCUAUCGAAAUAUUUAAAAUUAAACACGAUAGGCAUACAAAAUUAUAAGCAAUACCUACCUAAAAUUACAAAGGUAAAAUAUAACGAAUUGUUAAAUCAGAGACAAAUACUCUUUAUUCAAAGAUUUUAAUAAAACUCAUUAUAUAUUCUCAAAUUCUAGUAUCACAUUUCUAAUCACUACAAACAUCGAUAAGGAUCACAUAAAA